GUGCGCGGAGAGGGAAGUUGUAAACAAUUUAAUCCCAAUUAAACGACAUUGAUACAUCAUGUACAUACGCAAAGAUCACGAGAUUAACUAUUAUUGUCCAUAUAUGGAAUGUUGACAACAUUAGGAUUACUUUAUACGUCUGACAUGUCUUAAAAUUUAUUAGAAACUUCGAAUGAUUUGAGAACAGUGAAAAAAGUAAAAUGGAUAGAUACUUUCGUUUUAAUAUUGUUAUAUCGGUUCUAGCAUAUUUACAACUUACAACUGCAGAUAUUUAUUUACAUAAUCCACGGGGUAGUAACAACAGAUUAGAUGAGGAGGCCAGAGAGGUUCAAAAUCAAAACAGAAUGUUUGACUCACAGAACAACAAUAGAGGAGGAUAUAAUGUCGGAGGACUACUUUAUUACGCUGGAUCUACAUUACCAAUAGAAUGGACAAAUCAGCAUUCCUGUAUGAACCCUAAUGCCCAUUGUGAAUUAGUUAUACAGUAUAUGUGUGGUGAAUUAGUAAGAGAUGGAGCAUCCAGAGGAACAAUACCAACAGAAAAUAAUCAAUGUAGAAACAAUGAUUGCAACACAGAUUUUGAAUAUGGAAUGAAUGAAAACUUUGAGUAUUACCAGAACUGUAGAUACAGAUUGAGAAAUAAAGGUCUCUUUAUUGCUGACCAGAAUUUAGGAGGAAAUCGUAAAUAUGCUAAGAAUACAAGACAGAAUCCUGUUGGGAAUAGAUAUGGGUACGAGUGUCCCGAGGAAAGAGACUAUUAUCCUUACUGGGAGCCAUCUCCAUGGAAGGAUAUUGUUGUUAUGACAAAUGAUGCUUCAAGAUGCCCAUUCUAUCAAGAAGAAAGUCAGAAUGUAAAAUCACGCUGGACGUGUGUUGUGCCAAAAAAUGUAACAGAAAUGUACACAGGAAGAUUUGACAUCCCAAACAAUGAGGCAGAUUGUAAGGCCUUUCGUUAUCCUAAAAAUGAUCCAAAUGGUGCAAAGGCUUUAUGGACAGAAAUCUCAUCUCACGGAAUACCAGCCCCUGAUUGUAGAGAAACACAAUUUUCUAGAGAUAAUCACCUUGGUAAUGGUAUAGGUGGACAACCAUUAGUUUACAACUGGACCAUACCAAACACCCUCAACCAUGAACAAUGUGUUAUGAGAAUGAGGUACAAUAUAUCCACUGGUGAUUACGAUGGUUGGAAUACUUCAUCAGGAAAUAUUGCCUCAGCCAAUGAAAUAUUUUAUAAAAACCUUGGAUUUAGUGAAGCAGAUGCUGCAUCAGACAGAGGCUAUGUAUUUGAAGACAACCCUGAAGUCAAACUUUUCAGUGAUCUAAGUGUUGAAUUGGAAUUAGCUGUUAAUACUGCACAAUAUGGAAGGACAUUUCAAGAUAGAUCUUUCAUAUUUGCUGUGCGUCCACAGCCCAGUGAGACGAGUGGAAAAGCCAUACAUAAUCUAAAUGUUAGAGGAAAGAGAGGAAAUAUUGUAGAAGUUUUCCCAUCAGUAGAGUAUGAUUUUGUACCCAAUAAUUUAGAGGCUGCAAAUGGUGACUACGUCCACAUUCAAUGGACAGGGUCCAAUACAAACAAUGCAGGCAAUGAUGGAAAUGGUCAGCAAAGGUCAGAUAGAAACAACAUUGUCCUGCUCAACUCUCAAGUCUACCCUGAAGGCAAUGGUGUUCAGUUUGGUCCUGGUGUAAAAUAUGGACAUUACGGAACUAACUAUCCCAUGCAUCUUGAUAACUCUACAUUCUUAGGACUAUCUAGAGAAGAUAGAGAAAGUCUGGCCUUUAAUGUUCCAGGUGCCUUUGGAGGAGAACUAUCACAGUUAGAUGAUUCUAGCCCUUACUUUAAUCUUGGCAUAAGACAAAUCAGUCAGCUUGGGACGUUUCAUUACAUGUGUACUAGAAACAAUGACUUCUCCAAUCGUGACCAGAAGGGACGUAUAAUGGUAUCCAGUAGUCCAACUGUAUAUGAGUCCAUUGGUUGGAUGGGAGGACAGCUCAAAAUCGCUGAUAGUAAAGCAUGGGUGAGAGUUGAGAGAGGAACAUUCAGUAAGCUGAAUACACUGAAACUAAAUGAAUGGAAUUCCAAGGAUGGAGAGAAUCUAAUGGAAGUCGUUGGUGAUGAUUUUGCUAGCGAUUUUAUUGUUUUGGCUCCAGAAGCUAAACUAACAGAUAAUGGGAAGAAAGUUACCGUUGGGAUAACAGUCAAUGAGGACGCUAGUGAUAUUGGAAUUUAUAGAUCAAAUACAGAAAAUUUUGCUGGAUGGACAAAGGUUGAUGCAACCAUCAACGGUGGAAUGGCGGAAUUCCAAACGGAUCAGGGUGGAGUUUUUGUUGCCCGGUCCCAUACUAAUAUUGGACCAAUCAUUGGUGUAGUAGUCGGAUUAUUAGUUGUAGCUUUAAUUGUCAUAGCAGCAGUGGUUUAUUUUAAGAAAAAUCCAACAAAAUGGAUGGCUAUGAAAGGCAGUGCUAAAUAUGUUGAAAAAUCUCUCUCAGACAAAGUAUGAACAUAAGGUGUAAUAAUUAAUAAAUUAUAUUAAAUUGUAGAAACGGGGUAAUAUGUUUCUGUAUUUUAAAUUAUUUUAUAACAAUAAGAGUAAAGUUAGUUAUAUUAUCUCAAGUGGAGAAUAGACAUAUGCUUUCUAAUUUACAAUUUCCGAAAAAGAAUGAAAUAAAAGAUUUAACACAAAAUUAAUGAAAUGACCAUUCUUUGAUUUCAUCAGUUGGAAUGAAAGUACAUAUGUAAUAUGGUUCUCAAAAGUAAC